CACCAUCUUCGACGUGCCGGCUCCGGCCAUCGACUAUGGAGGGCCAGGCGCCGCAGUCGCACCAGCUGCUGCUGCACGGCGUCAGACUCGAACUCCGCCUCAACCCCACCACGCAACAGCGAGACGGCCGGCUCCCGGCGUCCCCCUCUGCGGCUGCAGUCGCCGCGGAGCACCAGCGCGGCGGCGGGCGGGAGACCUUCUCCUGCAACUACUGCCGCCGCAAGUUCUUGAGCUCGCAGGCGCUCGGCGGCCACCAGAACGCCCACAAGCUCGAGCGCACCCUCGCCAGGCGCAGCCGCUACGCCGACGCCACGCCUUCCUCCCCGGCCGUCGCCCACCGCUGGCUGCACGGCGGCGGGGAGCUCUGGGGCUACGCUACUUCACCCGCGGCGAGCAUGGGCGGCUGGGCUGGCACUCGCAGCACCAAGACGGCCGGCGGGGAGGCCACGGCGGAGAAUGAGAUAGACUUGUCGCUCAAGCUCUGA